AUGACAGUGAAGGAAAAUGGGCAUGCGGAGGUGGUGAUGAAGCCGAAAAAAGAGGCCGAUCGUGUGCCUGAGAAAAGCACGUUGCGGUGGACAAUGGGCUUGGUUGUGCGGCUAUGUAUCUGGUACACGCUACUCACUCCCUUUUUCCGAUGUCCUUCACGUCUUGCAGACUUGGACGGAACUUCACCUCGAGUCUGCCAGCCUUACCUGAUUGCUCGGUCGCAUGUGGAACCAUUCGUCACCCCAUACUAUGAUACCUAUGCGGCACCCUAUGUGGAUCAGGCACGGCCGUAUGUCGAGGUGUUCAAUCAUCAAGUCUACACCCCGGCAUCGAAAAUUGCCAAGUCGGGCUACGAGAAAUACGGUUCUCCCGCAUGGCAGCAAGCUCAGAGGUUCGGCGCGGCGCAAUGGAAAGCGCAGGUUACUCCAAGACUAGAGGCCGCUCACGGUAAGGCAAAUCAGCUCUACCUGACUGAGGUGGACCCCUACGUGCAGCGGGGUGUUGCUGUCGUGUCGCCUUACUACCAGAAAGCUCACACGGCGCUGCUUACGGUCUAUUGGGAUCAUUUCGUACCGAUGUACACCCGAUCCCAGCCCUUCAUCGGCAAGACCUAUUCUGCCAGUCAUGAAAUUUUGGUAACCCAUGUUAUGCCCGGUGCACGCUAUACCUGGUCCUCAGUGGUCUAUUUCGCAAACAGUUCGCUCUGGCCACAUUUAACAGGGCUCUACUCGGAACAGGUAGAGCCCCAGCUAGUCAAAAUUGGCCAGCGUCUGGCUAGCUAUAGGGAAGGAAAGCGAUUGCGUGCAGUUCUUGAAGAUACAGAGAGUUCAUCGGAGCAGCUUGUAUUUUCUACGGUGAGCACUGCGAAGGUUGAACCUCGCACUUCAACAAGCUCCAAAACCACUACCACUACAGCCACCGAAAUUGUCUCUGUACAGCCCACUUUGUCAGCCAUCGAACAAGCCCAGGCCGCGCGUGCCCGUAUCAACUCAGACCUUCAGAGAUGGCAAGAUAAAUUUGCCGUUGCAGCUGACAAGGGAAUUGAAGACCUCGAAGAUCGCAUCGAGGAAAUUGUCGCCGCGCUUAUUGCCAGCAGUGCGAACAGCCAUGGGCAGAGUCUGUCAAAUGCCCUUCAGACAGUGGCCACUGCACAGGUUUCUGUGAUCAAGCAGCGGAUCAAUGAGCUUGUCGAGCCACUCCCCGAAGAAGAUGCUCCCGAAGCCGAAGAGGCUGCCCGCGAUCAGCUUGUCACUGAUAUUCGAACUUCUGCGAUCUCAGUGCGUGAUCGUGCUCAUUCCCUCCGCGAGUGGUCUUUGGCAUUCGAUGACGAGCUGAUCCGCCGAGUUUCUGCCGCUGUGAACUCCACACUCGACAUCCUUGACAGCAUUCGUAGCUUGGGGUUGCAAGAGAUUGGUACUCGGUGGGCUUGGAUGGAUGAUGUCACCUACAAAGACUGGGCAAGAUACCACGCCCUCAAACUUCAACUGGAGGAUUGGCGCAACGAGAUCCGCAACAUUGGUAUGAACCACAAGUCGAUUGCAGGUGCUAGAUCUGUAGCCACUGGCAUCUUGGAUACUGCGAUGGAAGUCGCUGAAGAUACUGCCAAAGAGCUCGUGAGACUCAAGGAUGUCGGUCAUUGGAAGAUUGCCGCUCGUGAAAUUAGCGACAACUUUGAUACUCGAACUGAGCCUCCCCCUCCCAGACCCAAACCUGAGGAAGAGGGCCAGGAGGCUGAAGCAGCCGAAGAAACACCCACAACUGAGCACGACGAUAUAGUCUCUGGCGAACCUACAGACUCAACUACCUCUCCAGAUGAGAAAAUUACAGAGGAGCCCACGCUGAGUUCGAGCGAUUAUAUCUCAAACGAAAGUGAUGAGACCGAUGAACCAGUUGGAACCGAAUCGGAACGUGAACUUGACGAUGAAGGGAUUUUCUCACAUGAUACUGCGAACGAGUACAUCCACUCCUCCACCAGGCCUGCCUUCGGUGUUGCGGCUGCGCAUGUCGGAUCUCAACAAGAUCCCAUCCUUGAUGACGAAGAGCAGGAUACGUUCCACAACUUGGCAAGCAUGGCUAGUGACGCUUACGCCGAGGCAAACUCUGCUUUUGCCGAUUCAACCUCGCAGGCAAAGGUUCUCUACGACAUCGCGAAGUCCCAGGUAAUGGGCCAAAUGACUCAAACCAGCGCCCCCGCGCAGGACCAGCUUCUGUCUUCUAUUGAGUCCGCUUACUCCGGUGCUGUGAAAUAUGCGACUGAGGAGUGGGAAGCUCGUUUUGGUCUUGUCAGAGCAACGCCCACAAUUGCAGGGCCCUUGGCUCACAUCUCUUCCGUUGCAUCUUCCCGUCUCAGUGAAGGCCUGAGCCUCGCUUCUGAGCAUCUCGUGCCACAAACUGCUCCCGCAACUACAUCUGCUGGCUUUCCUCCUUUUGUUCUCGACGCACAGCGGCGGUACUACGAGGCUGUUGGUCUUGCCCACGAACACUACACUGCAUUUGUCUCUACUGCUUCCAAUGCAGUUUAUGGUACGCCUACCCCAACUGGCGCUCUGGAGUCUCUCUCCAGCCAGGCAUCUGAAAACUGGGAGAUGCUUGUCUCCAAGGCCAGCGAGCAGAUUUACGGCACACCGGCUCCAUAUCUGCAGCGCGUAGUGGGGGAUCAACUGCCGCAACUGGAGGCAAUCCAGGAUAUUGUCUCGGAGUUGCUUGUUGGUAAACAACCCUCGUUCACUGAGAGCAUUAUGAGCAAACUCCGCGUCGCCUAUGAGACUCCUUAUCCUGCGGCAGCAGUGUCCUCUGCAUCGAGCUACAUCAGUGGGACCUACGAAUCAGCCUCUUCCGCUGCGGAUGCCUUUAUCUCCGAAAUUCCUAGUGUGGAGGAUAUAAUGCAACAAGCAAACGACCAACUUAAUGCUGCCGUUGAGGCUGCCAGUGUUGGAAUUUACGGCACUCCUAAAGGUCCAUACGAAAAGGCCACCGAUGCUGCCACGGAGGCUUUCUCAACGGCUUCCGCUCAGAUCAGCGAUGCUAUCUAUGGCCACGAAUCCGGCUACAUCAACAUUGCUAAGGAGGCAAUCGAUGACAUCCGGUCCAAAGCCAGUGUCGCAAUCUACACCGAAGAGCCGGGUGUCAUGGAAAGCGCCACCAGCCGCCUUGCUGCUGCCGUUGAGAGCGCCCAGUCGCAACUGGUGGACCUCGCCUCUGGUGCAAGCAACGUUGCCUCCGAGGCUGCUGAGGCUGCUGCUUCUCAUGUGGAUGAGGCAACAAGCAGCGUCAAGGCUGCUAUCUCCUCUACACCCAAGGAUGAGCUGUAA